CCCAGCUGUCCCCUCUGCGUCAUGUGCAGGAGGCCAGGCAGCUCGCCUUACAGGGCCCAGUCCGCCUCUAUAUAUAGCUCCGCGAAGACAGCUGCGCAGACUGAGAGCGACCCAGCCGGAAAGCAGGGGAGUACGGAGAGGAGGCCCCGGGCACCGUCGCUGCACCCUAGGCCACCCGCCAUGGCGCUGGGCUUGGAGCAGGCAGAGGAGCAGCGGCUGUACCAGCAGACGCUCCUGCAGGACGGGCUCAAGGACAUGCUGGACCACGGCAAGUUCCUCGACUGUGUGGUGCGGGUGGGUGAGCGCGAGUUCCCGUGCCACCGCCUGGUGCUGGCCGCCUGCAGCCCCUACUUCCGGGCGCGCUUCCUGGCCGAGCCAGAGCGCGCGGGCGAGCUGCGCCUGGAGGAGGUGUCCCCGGACGUGGUGGCCCAGGUGCUACACUACCUGUACACGUCGGAGAUCGCGCUGGACGAGGCGAGCGUGCAGGAUUUGUUUGCUGCGGCGCACCGCUUCCAGAUCCCGUCCAUCUUCACCAUCUGCGUGUCCUUCCUGCAGAAGCGCCUGUGUCUCGCCAACUGCCUGGCGGUCUUCCGCCUCGGCCUCCUGCUCGACUGCGCGCGCCUUGCUGUGGCCGCCCGCGACUUCAUUUGCGCGCGCUUCUCGCUCGUGGCGCGCGACGCCGACUUCCUCGGGCUCUCGGCCGACGAGCUCAUCGCCAUCAUCUCCAGCGACGGCCUCAACGUGGAGAAGGAGGAGGCUGUGUUCGAGGCGGUGAUGCAGUGGGCGAGCAGCGGCGACGCGGAGGCGCAGGCUGAGCGCCAGCGCGCGCUGCCCACCGUCUUCGAGAGCGUGCGCUGCCGCCUGCUGCCGCGCGCCUUCCUGGAGAGCCGCGUGGAGCGCCACCCCCUCGUGCGGGCCCAGCCCGAGCUGCUGCGCAAGGUGCAGAUGGUGAAGGACGCACACGAGGGCCGCAUCACCGUGCUGCGCAAGAAGAAGAAGAAGGAAAAGGAGGCCGGCGGGGCCAAGGCGGCUGACAAGGACACAGCUGAAGCCAAGGCAGAGGAGGACGAGGAGGAGGCCGAGCGUGUGCUACCCGGGAUCCUCAAUGACACUCUGCGCUUUGGCAUGUUCCUGCAGGACCUCAUCUUCAUGAUCAGUGAGGAGGGCGCCGUGGCCUAUGAUCCGGCAGCCAACGAGUGCUACUGUGCCUCCCUCUCCACCCAGAUCCCCAAGAACCACGUCAGCCUGGUGACUAAGGAGAACCAGGUCUUCGUGGCUGGGGGCCUCUUCUACAACGAGGACAACAAAGAGGACCCCAUGAGUGCUUACUUCUUGCAGUUUGACCAUCUGGACUCUGAGUGGCUGGGGAUGCCGCCACUGCCCUCGCCGCGCUGCCUCUUCGGCCUGGGAGAGGCUCUCAACGCCAUCUACGUGGUCGGCGGCCGAGAGCUCAAGGACGGCGAGAGCAGCCUCGACUCGGUCCUGUGCUACGACCGGCAGUCAUUCAAAUGGGGCGAAUCGGACCCUCUCCCUUAUGCUGUGUAUGGCCACGCGGUUCUCUCCCAUAUGGACCUUGUGUACGUCAUUGGCGGCAAAGACAGCAACAGGAAGUGCCUGAAUAAGAUGUGCGUUUAUGACCCUAAGAAGUUCGAGUGGAAGGAGCUGGCACCCAUGCAGACUGCCCGCUCACUCUUCGGGGCCACCAUCCAUGAUGGUCGCAUUUUUGUGGUUGCUGGGGUCACAGACACAGGGCUGACCAGUUCAGCCGAGGUGUACAGCAUCGCAGACAACAAGUGGGCGCCCUUUGAGGCCUUCCCGCAGGAGCGCAGCUCGCUCAGCCUGGUCAGCCUGGCGGGCACCCUCUAUGCCAUCGGUGGCUUUGCCACGCUGGAGACGGAGUCCGGGGAGCUGGUUCCCACAGAGCUCAAUGACAUCUGGAGAUAUAACGAGGAUGAGAAGAAGUGGGAAGGCGUCCUGCGGGAGAUUGCCUAUGCAGCUGGUGCCACCUUCCUACCGGUGCGGCUCAACGUGCUGCGCCUGACCAAGAUGUGACCAGUCCAGAGAGCCUGAACCAAGCACCCCUCCCAUCCUGCGGCCCACACAGGCCUGGCCUUCUGGGAGCUCCAGGGGGGAGGCUGGGAGAGGCCAGAGCCCACCAGGAUCCGUCUGGUACCCAAGGGGCUGCUUUAGCCAGGAAAUGGAGACCGCUGCCCAGUCCUAGCCUUUUGGGCAGGGAUGAGAAACUCGAGCCCUCUCCGGUGUCUCCAUAUCCCCCGGUCUUCUUGGUGCAUGAGCCAGAACCGCAGGGAGGCGUCCCAGGCCGUGUUCUGGCCCAGCCCCAGCCUGGCUGUGUGUGCCAGUCAGGUUCCCACAGGACUCAGUCUCCUCACCUGUCAUAUGGGGAGUGUCCCCAUCAAGAAGUCCCUGCAGUAUGGGUAAGUCUCCUUCUGUAAGAAGAAUAAAGUGCCUUCUA